GUCGACGAUUAUGUUUUUCGUCAGAGUUCGAAUGUUUGCGGGCGUUGGUUAAUGGACUUUAUAGCUAUUAGCUAUGGUUCAUAGGCGAUUCCAAAAGACCCAUUAGUAGCUGCAAGAUUUACAGAGAGAAUCAAGGAAGAACCAUAAGUACAAAUUGGGAUGGCUCUCGUUGUGAACUAUGUUCUCGAAGACCCAUCAGCAGUUCCAGAAUGUGCAAACAAUAUUAAGGAAGAGCCGAAAGAAAGGGGUGAACAGGAUAGAGCAGAGGCUGCUGUUGCUCCAUUUGCUGAGGAUUUUGUUCUUGAGCGGGAUACUCUCAACAUUAAGAAAGAGGAGGAUUUGGAGGAAGCAUCAUUAUCAAAUUCGGAAUUUACAAACAACACUAAACGAGAAGCGGAAGUAACAUUUAAUGAGGAUGGAGCUGAGAAUUGUAAUUUGCAGGAUACGUUUUCAAUUUUGGAAUUUACGAACAACGUCAAACAAGAAGCAGAAAUAACAAUUGACGAUAAUGGAGUUGAGGAUUAUGUUCUCGAAGACCUGCUACCAGUUACGGAAUGGACUAACAACAUUAAAAAUGAGCCAGAAUUAACAAUUGAUGAGGAUGAAAUGGAGAAUAAUGGCAUGGUCUCAACAGAAUAUGCAUCAAAUACUACAUGGUCCAGCCACAUUAUGGAAAAAUUCCCCCGCACUUCACGAGGAAAUGUUCUUCAAAAACUGAUACACGGUAAGCCGGAGACGGACCCGGAGACCUCGACACCCACUCUCAGUUGCGGCAUUCGACCCCAACAGAUUAUCUCAAAAAUGGACAGUGCCAUAAAUACAGAUAAGAACAGAUCACCACAAGACUUGGAGGCUGACUGUGUAAAGGGCCACGCACACUGGAAUUGGCCACGCAAAUGA